GAGCGCUGAUUGGCUGAGAAGGACGCGUCGGAUGGGCGCGGCUUGCAUAUGAAUGAGGCCCCGCGGACGCCGAUUGGCUAAGACGCGCCUAGUGGGGAAGCGUUCGAACCUAGCGGAGGAUGGCGGCCGCGGCUACUUUUUUCCGCCGCCUCGGGGCGCUGAGCGGGGCGUCGGCGGUGGGGGCGGCCGCUUAUGGGGCGCACGGCUUCCACCCCAAGGAACAGCCAGAGUACCUGAAAGAGUUGUACGACACGGCCAAUAAGUACCAUUUCCUGCACAGCCUGGCCCUCUUGGCUGUGCCCCACUGCCGCUACCCCAUGCUGGCUGGCGGCAUCCUGUCGACGGGCAUGGGGCUCUUCUGCGGACCGUUUUAUUACCACGCGAUGACUGGCCAGCCGGCCUUCACCCACGUGGCCCCCUACGGCGGGAGCCUCCUCAUCCUUGGCUGGCUGGCUUUGGCUCCCUGACGGCCCCUGGCCAACCUCCGUGUGGGUCUCCAGCCCCAAGAAGCUCUGCUCUGCCCACUGGACCUUCCCACCAUUCUCCAUUUCUGGGGGGUCAGGAAGGGGCUCGGGCUAAACCUGGAGCAGCGGAAGCCUCUCCCAAAACCUGCCCUGGAAUUAAAUCCCUGGAAGAGCUGAAUCUUCUCUUUUUUUAGGGGAAAAAAAAAAUUAGAUAAAUUAAUAUUAUUGUGGGUCCAGAUUUGUGACGGGGAGGAAUGGGGUCGUGCCGAGGCUGGUUGGCUUUGCGCGAGACUGUACAGAAUCAUGCAGCUUUAAUCGUGAUUUUAAUAAACGGACUUGAUUUUA